AUGAACCUCGUUGAAUCCCUCUUUGGUCGCUCCAAGACGCCCGCAGAAAGGCUGAGGUACGUACGCCCGAUCAGCCGCCCUGAGCUCCGUCCUGGCCCACUCCCCUCCCUCGCCCCCCCCCCCCCACACACACAACCCGAGCCUGACUGACGACCCGCUUGAAACCCCGCCCUGGUAGACAACAUCAACGUUCCCUGCAAAAAGCACAACGUGAACUCGAUCGAGAACGCACCAAACUCGAAACCCAAGAGAAGAAGCUCGUCAAUGACAUCAAAACCUCCGCACGCAAGGGCCAAAUCGUACGCCCCCCCAGUCGCGCAACUCUAGCCCUCGAAACUGAAUCAAUUCGGGGAACGCGCCCUUUCCCGCACAGAACGCGUGCAAAGUGAUGGCCAAGGAUUUGGUCCGGACGAGGAAAUACAUCUCCAAAUUCUACGGCAUGAAGACGCAGUUGCAGGCCGUGUCGUUGAGGAUUCAGACACUGCGAUCGAAUCAACAGAUGGCCGAGGCGAUGAAGGGGGCGACCAAGGUCGGGCCAAACGCACGAUCUAACCCUCCUUGGAUCAAAUUCUUACCUCCAAAAUUUUUUGACUUUUCCCACACCCAUACAGGCCAUGUCGCUCAUGUCGAAACAGACGAACCUACCGCAAAUUCAAAGGAUCCUGCAAGAAUUCGAACGCGAGUCGGCGAGCAUGGACAUGAAGGAAGAGAUGAUGGCCGAUUCGAUCGACGAUGCGAUGGAGGAUGACGAAGACAAUGAAGAGGAAGAAGGGAACAAGAUUUUGGAUGAGGUCUUGGCCGAGAUUGGGAUUAGUGUUGGGCAGCAGGUCGGUUCGAGAGAUCGGACUCGGCACGAACGUGAAUUGCGGAGACUGACCUCGUUUGAUUUUGACCCGCAGCUCGGCGAAACACCCACCGAUGUACCCGCCGUCGGUGUCGCCGAAUCGUCACAACGGAUGGCCGUCGCGGAAGGUGCAGGCGGAGGAGGUGCAGCUUCGGAUGAUUUGGAAUCAAGGUUGGCGAAUCUGCGAAGGGAUUGA